UUCUUCGUGUAACCGAUUUAGCCCUUACUCUGGCUCACAUCCCCGGUCGUAUUGUCUCACAAACGCCAUGGACAAGGUACCAAGAAAACCAAAGCGUUGGACCGAAGACGAAGACAACGUUUUGUACGAAGAGGCCAUCAAGCAAGCAUCAUCGGGCCCCAUCAAAGAUUGGCAUCGAAUUGCUGCCAAGCUUCCAGGUCGCACCAACAAGGAUUGUCGGAAGCGAUGGGUCAACAGAGUGCGGGGUGGUCUCAGAAGUGGUUCUUGGAGCGAGGCCGAGGACCAGAUGCUUCGCGAUGCCGUCGCACAAUUUGGACAAAAAUGGACCAAGAUCGCCCAGGUAUUUGGAUUCAGAAGCCCUGACCAAUGUGCAAAGAGAUGGCAGUACACUCUUGACCCUAAGCUUGACCACCGCGAAUGGACAACACCAGAGGAUCAUCUGCUGUUAGACUUGGUGCAGAAAGUUGGGCGAGAUUGGAAAUCCAUAUGCCAUCAGCACUUCCCAACUCGGUCAAGGAAUGACGUGAAAAACCGAUAUACUAUUCUGAGUCGGCGACUUCUAUCGGGUGCAGCCAGUCAACCAGAUGCCGACACAGCGAGCAGUGGAUUCACAGAGACUAUGGGCGAUGGUGUCCUGAGUGACACAGCGUCUAUUGGGCACCCUCAGACUCCUGGGUUCUCCAUUGAGGAGUUCUUCUCACUGGAUGCCGCUGACAGCGCCCAAUCAAACGAGUACGACUUCCCAACCAUCGAAGGGCAGCAUGAGUCAAGCCAUGGGUUUGACCUUAUGUCUCUUGACGGUCUCGGCUUUGAUAGCUACGACACCUACACCACCGGCACUCCUCUUCCCGAUGCCGGAAGUAAGCCCCAGAAUGAUGAAAGUCUCUCCAUGGCCUAUUUUAUGACCGGCAUGACGGAGAACCACAAUGUCUACAUGCCCAAUAUGGAUGUCGCAACAUCUUCAGGGACCGACCCCAAUGCCAACAGCCCGGCGUCCCCCCACGGCGAGGAAACAGGCAGUAACGAUGAGACUUUCACCCUUCACACGUGCAUUAACCCCCAAGACUCCCUCGCCCUGAACUUCCAGAACGACGUCGGUCCUGAUGGGGAGCAAAACCUUCAACUAACAUUUAAUUCUGAUUAUGAUUUUGAGAAAGCGCUUGCCUGCCUCAAGGACAGUGAAGUGACGUCCAAGGUCGAGGCUGAGACCGCCUCGGUCACUUCGCAGUCGGGCAUAUCGAAAGUUGUGCUCGUCGUGGAGAAGUGCGACCACGAGAUUGUGAAGUACCUUAUUGACAUCACGAGACCGAUUCAAGGGCGAGUGAAGAUGGAAAUGAUUAUGUGAUAUGGUUAACGUACUUACGAGUCGAGGAGGGUUGGCUAGAUUCUACCUUAGAUACGGGGUUUGAUUUUCCAGAAGGGACUGGAUUCAUAGAGACAUUGAUGCGGAACAGUCUAGCUUACUAUGACAGGUCGAAUUAGCAUGGCGCAAAGAGUGAUAGAAUAGAACUAUAAGAAGUUGGAAAUCA